AUGAGUAAUACAUCUCCAGUGGAAGGAUCUAUGAUGUGGAUGCACUGCAAUGUAAAAAAUGGGACUAGACCAAUUGAGUACAUGUGGCAGUAUAAAACUGACAGUGGAAACUUCACAACCUUUGCACAUAACAGCAGCAGCAGCAUCAUCAAUGUGACAAACAUUAACCGAAACCACACGGGCUGGUACCGCUGUGUGGCCAGCAAUGCUGCCAACAAUGAAAGCUCUGACCCGGUAUGGCUGGACAUCACAUUUGGACCAGAUAUUCCUCAGAUAGAUGUGACUCCAUACAAUAAAACAGAGCGUGGAUACUCAGCUCUGGAAACAGAGACUGUUUCUUUGUCAUGUCAAACCUUGUCCAAUCCAGCCAGUCAGAACGUCUGGUUCUACAAUAACUCCCAGGUGUUCACCGGUCCACAGUUCACCAUCGUCAAGAUCCUCCGCAUGCAAACUGGCAGCUACACCUGUUUGGCAAAGAACUCUUACCUCAACACCAGCUCCAGUACAACUAUCAGUCUGACUGUCUACUACCCACCUGAUGGCUUCCCCUCCUGUUCUGUGGAGCCGGCUCUAAAUUACACCUCUCUUAGACUGCUCUGCUCUUGGCCUGGUGGAUUUCCAUCCCCCUCUCUCCACUGGAUUGGAGACCUGACACACGCACGACAAGAACAGGUCAACACAGGACAUCUAACAAAUCUGCUUACCAGCACAAAUAUCUGGUUGACCUCUGGAGACCUGAUUCCUGAUAACGGCUUGUUUACAUGCAUGGGUUCUCAUCCUGCCCUAAAACAGCUAAGAGAGUGCAACACAAGCGCAUAUAUUCCCCCUGCAAAGCCAGUGUGCUUUUCCAAUGUAACCAAUAACAAACAGUAUCUGAAGCUGUCCUGCUCCUGGGAUGGUGGAGUCCCAGCAGCUUGGGUGUGGUGGGAGGGCCCCGGUGGUCAGUUCAAAGGAGAAGAAAACUCCAACAUCCUGGUCCUCAGCUCUGACAUUUUUCAAUUUGGAAGGCCCUACACCUGCUAUGCUAGGCAUCCACUUUUGGUCCAAACCAAGAACUGCAGUCUCACGCUGGUCCUUGUCACUAAGCCGAACCUCCUGAUGAAUGAUAAAUCUCCAAUGGAAGGAUCUACCAUCUGGAUGCAUUGCAAUGUGGAAAAUGGGACUAAACCAAUCCAGUAUGUAUGGCAACAUGAAGCUCGUAGCGGCAAUGUGACAACAAUUGCACAGAGCAACAGCAACAAUAUCACCAUCAGCAACAUUAAUCGAAACCAGGGAGGCUGGUACCGCUGUGUGGCCAGCAACUUCAUCAACAGUGAGAGCUCUGACUGGACAUGGCUGGACAUUAUCUUUGGUCCAGAUGUUCCUCAGAUAGAUGUGAGUCCUUACAGUAUAACAGAGCGAGGGUUCUCAGCUCUGGAGACGGAGACUGUUUCUUUACUGUGCCAAGCCCAGUCCAGCCCAGUCAGUCGGUACAUCUGGUUUUACAACAAUUCCCAGGUGUACACCGGGCCACAGUUUACCAUCACAAAGAUCCUCCGUAUGCAAACUGGUGACUACACCUGUUUGGCACAGAACGUCCAGCUAAACACCCGCUCCAGAAAAACCAUCAGCCUGACUGUCUACUACCCACCUGAUGGCUCCCCUUCCUGUUCUGUGGAGCCGGCUCUGAAUCACACCUCUCUCAGACUGCUCUGCUCCUGGCCUGGUGGUUUUCCUUCUGCUUCCCUCCGCUGGACCGAAGAUGUGGUACAAGCAGGGCAAGAACACAUCGUUGCAGGACAGCAAACGAGCUCUGCUUUCUGGCUGCCCUCUGGAGGCCUGAUUCCUAACAACAGUUUAUUUACAUGCCUGGGCUUCCAUCCUGCCCUAAAACAACCGACGGACUGCAACACACGCGCAUAUAUCCCCCCUGCAGAUCCAGUGUGUUUUGCCUAUGUGACAAAUAACAAAGAGUAUCUGAUGCUGUCAUGCUCCUGGGAUGGAGGGGCCCCCAAAGCCUUAGUGUGGUGGGAUGGCCCAGGGGGACAGAGCAAAGGUGGAGAGGAAAACUCCAACAUCCUCAUCCUCCGCUAUGGCACCGUCCGCAGUGAGAAACCCUACACCUGCUAUGCUAAACACCCACUUCUGGUCCAAACCAAGACCUGCAGACUCACUUUGGGUCAGUGCUCAUUCAUAUUGUACAUGACAAAAGUUAGAAGUUAUAAUUUGGUAUUUACUGAAUGCUUUUUCAUGAUAGAGGCUCCUGUGUUGCUGACGCAGCGCCGUGUUGUGUCUGUAUAUGAGGGGAGUGAUGUGCAGCUCACCUGCAAUCUGAGAGCCAACUAUCUUCCUGCCAAUGAGAUCACCUGGUUUAACAAUCAGGGCGUUGAUGUCCGAGACACCUCCAAGUACAUGCUGCUGCAAACGUCUGCAUGGGCAAAUCUGACCGUGAGAGACACCGAUGAGACACAAGACAGCGGCGAGUACAGGUGCUCCACUUCAAAUGCAGUGGGAGGAGCUGAAAUCAAUGUCACGUUGGUGGUCAAAAAGCACCCCAUGCCACCCAAUGCAACCCUGGUCAGAGUUAUGUACAACAGUCGACAGCGUAACGAGGUGGAGCUGGAGUGGCGCGUAGAGCGUGAGGAGGAUGGAGGCUGGACAGGGUUUUUCUUAGAGCACCGAUGGUUGUCAGAACGAGGAGGAAGGAGAGGAGCAAAAAACAACGAUUCAAGGGAGAAGACAGAGGAGAGGGCCUCCCAAGACUGGUUCCGUAAUACAAUCCAGGAUCCAGGUGUCAGGACCCACAUAGUACGGGGACUGACACCAACCUUUACCUACGAGUUCCGCAUCAGGCCUUUUAACCACCGCACCAUCGGAUACCCAUCUACUGUAAAGAGCCCAGUGGAAUUACGCAACAAUAUGUACCCUGCUGUGAUUGGAGCAGCUAUAGGAGGGAUACUCUUUGCAGCCAUUCCUACAUUUCUGCUUCUCGUGUACAUAAUCCGCAACCGCAACAACAAUCCUCGACUACAUGACAUGCUGUUUGGCUUGCGGCAUAGCCAGUCCAGAGAAAACAUCAACUUUCCAGAGGAUGACAUGGUCGGCGGCUCAGAUGGAGGAGUGGAAAACUCUGGUAGAUCUUCCAGUCCAGGUCCAACUAUGGGUGUACCUCAGGGACCAUCAUCACUUGCCACCUUCCCCAAAAGUACCAGCCAAUUCCUUCCCACUUAAGAGGAUAAUGAGUCUGUGAUCGACAUAUCUCUGUCAAGCAUGAAAGCCUAAAGUCAUAUAUGCCCAGUGGUUAUCAGUUCUAAAUUAAACUGGGAUAUUUUUAUACACAUUACACAUUUAGCAGCUUUACUAAGGCAAGUUAGGGUUGGGUUGAAGAUUGAUGAUUGGUGUGUGCCUACCUAUUUUUAUUUUAUUUCAUUUUUUAAACCCUUUCUUCUCCAUGUAACAUUAGCUAAAUAUAUCAAUCAAGCACUAAGUUCAAAUGAUGCCUGACAUACAUCUCCGUGUCUGAAGUUUAUAAGUGAAACAUAUAAAUAUAUUUAAUUUUAGCUACCAUAAUAACUACAAGCUCCAGCCACUUAUCUUUCACCGAAACAUUUAGUCAUACAGUCAUGUGAAGCAUGAACAUAAGGGACCUGUUCAUUUCAACAAUAAAUUACUUGCUCAUA